AAAAUGGAUUAUGAUAAUAUGGAUUUUACAAAUUAUACAAAUGAACAGAUUGGAGAAAUGAUAAAAACAUAAGGAUUGGAGAAUAUUACAUAUGAAGAGUUGAUAGCAAAAAAGAAUAAGAGAAUAAAAGAAUUUUAUGAAUAAGAUUCGAAACUGGUAAAAAAUGAUUUAUAUAAUGAAAAGUAAGAAGCAAUGUUGAGACAUUGGUUAUUGAAGAGAAAGAACAAGCAUUUGAUAGACUUUAAUGAUAAAGAACGUUCUUAAUUGAAAUAGUACUUUAAUUCUUUGGAUGAAGAUGGAUCAAGUAUGAAAUGGGAAUAUUAAUGAUUAGAGUCAAUAGGUAUAGAUGAAUUGGAAGAACCAUUAAUUUCAUUGGGUAUAGCAGAAUCAAGAGAGGAUGUUAAGAAAUUGAUUUAUACAGUAGAUGAUGAUGGUUCAAUUGAGUUUAAAGAGUUUUUGGAGAUUAUAAAAAAUAAAAAUGGAGAUGGUAAGAGUAAUUCGAAGGAAACAAUGGUAAUAGAUUUUUUUAAAGGUAAAAGAAUAAGAUUAUUAUUGAGACAUGAUAAAUGGACGUUUAGGACAUGGAAGUAAUUAACCAAUAAAUAAGAAUUUACCAUUUAGUUUGAUAAUAAGUACAAUAAGAAGAUAGAAGUUGUUAGAUGCAUUGAUGGCAAAUGAUCCAAAGAAGAAAGAAGAAGGAGAGAAGGUUAUGAAAGCUUAUGGAAAAUUGAUUUCGUAAAGAAGAGCUUAAAAAAAUGAUGGCUCAAUUUAAGGUUCCAAAAAGAGAAUAUGA